CUGCAGUAGUUAGUAGGCUGCCGCACCGCACAUCACCUUGCAGCUUCCCGACUCUGCCGGCUCCUCCUUUUGCAUUGUCACUUACAAAACACAGCGCUAUGCUCAUCGUUGUGCUGUGAAUGCGCCCAGGAGAAGUGAGCUUUUGCCACCAUGAUCGAGCUGGGCCUGGAGCGCAUUUCCAAGCUGCUGUCGACAACCGCAUUGUCAUGGCGAGCAGUACAUGUCGCUGGGACCAAUGGCAAAGGCACUGUCUGCCAUCUCACCUCCGCUCUGUUGAAUGCUUACAACCACUCGUUGUACCGCGAGAGCCGAUCGCAGCCACCCAUCAAGCAUGCGAGAUUCACGAGCCCACACUUGGUGGACCGCUGGGAUGGCAUCGCCUUCAGUGAUGCGAAACGACCAGUCAUGAAUGUCGUAUCGAGAGACAUGUUUCUGGAGCGUGAAAAUGCUGUGAAGGCAUUCAACAACGAGCACAACAUCAAUGCUACCGAGUUCGAAUUGCUUACCGCCACCGCAUUUCAACUUUUCCAACAAGAAGCAGUCGAUGUAGCAGUUGUCGAAGUUGGCUUGGGCGGCCGUCUCGACUCCACAAACGUGAUAGGAGAGCCUGUGUCUGGCUCCACGGAAACAAAACUCAUUCGCAGACGUUUCAACCCUGCCAAAUGGCGCCCAAAACCUCUCAUCACUACCAUCACACAAAUUGGACUAGAUCAUCAGGCCAUGCUUGGCAACACGCGGCAAGAAAUCGCAACGCAGAAGGCCGGAAUUAUGAAGGGUCGUGUGCCUGUUACCUGGGCCGCAGACCAGGAGCUUGAUUCUCUAUUUCACGCCCGAGCCAAGGCGCUCAAUGCUCCUGUUGUCACGUACAAAGAUCUGCCUGUCGAGACUGUACACUUGGACACUCCAGCUGCGAGAAGGGUCAACGGUGAGCUCGCCAUCGCCUCAUCAUGGACUGUGUUGUCGGGACUGGGUAGACUGGAUGAGCCAGAGGAAGCAAGGCGGUCAGGGACCCCACUCCACUCCUUGAUCUGUGACUGGCACGAAAUUGUUCGAAGUUACGUGUUUCCUGGUCGACAGGAGACUGUUUCUCUUGAGCCUAUCAUCGGACGACCGAGAGAGGCUCUCCUCGACGGCGCUCACAAUGAAGAUGGAGUGGCUUCAUUGGCACAAAAAGUCGCUUCGCAGCUUCGAUCACAAGGUCGUCCCAUCGUAUGGGUGGUUGCGCUCUCCGAAUCCUCGGAUCGACAACCUGAAAAGAUGUUGAAGCCUCUGUUGCAACAAGGCGAUCGCGUGGUAGCGGUUGAGUUUGGUCCUGUCGACGGUAUGCCUUGGGUCACGCCCAAGCAAGGAGAAGCAAUUGCGAAAGCUGCGCAGAGCAUUAUUUCAGACAUCAAUGCGAAGAGUUUCGGCACUGAUGUGAAUGCUGCGUUGAACACGGCAUGCCAAUUCGCAGACCAAAUCGAAGGGCAUGUGGCGAUAUGUGGUAGUUUGUAUCUCGCCGGAGAUGUGCAUCGCUUGUUACGAGGAGCGCAGAGAACGUAGAUUUGCCAGAUGCCGUGGGAGGGAAGCAGAAUAGUGCCGCUCGGGUGAAGUCCCUCUAAGCUCUUGACCACGCUCCGAACUUUACACUUUGCAGUGAGAACCACUUCGAGAUGUUAGCUGCACGAUCCUCAUGCCUUGUUCCA